GCCUGCCGAUUGGUACUGUAUCUGCUCUGCGGAGCUGAGACUACUGUCAGUACUGAGGCACCUAACGACGUGACGCCGACGCAAUCGCCAUGGUAAUCCAGUACCAGGCACGAGACCCAGAGAGCAGAAUUUGGAUGGCAGUCACCGUUUUGUCACGGAACGAUUUGAGAGCCAAAGUCAGAUGGACAAACUACAGAAACAUCAUUUCGGAUAUUCCUACCACGGACCUGAGGGUUUCUCUUUUGAAAAGGCUGCUACCUCGUGAACUGAAUAAGGAACUGUGGCCUGGCACUUCGCCGUUCAAUCUGCAAUUGGGGGACAAAUUUCAACUUGUAAAAGGCGACGGUUCAAUGGGCGAGAUUGCUACUGUCAGGACAAACGACCCCUUUCGAGGAAUAAUAACUACAACUGAACACGGAGGAAGGCAGUUUAGGUACGAGCAUAUUGCAGAGGCUCCAGAGCAAGAUACCAAUGUGCCUGUUCCUGUGCAACCUCCAAGGAAGCGUCCCCAGGUUGCUGAUGCAGGUGACUGUGUUGAACCUUCAAGGAAACUUCAGAGAACAUCAGGGAAGCAGAGUGCAGCAGGACCGAUUAGAACAAAGAAAACUGCACCUCCACGGCCAGCAGCACCAACCUCCCAAGGCUACAACUAAAGUGACAAAGAAGAAAGCAACCAUGAUUGCCGGCCAGGCCCCACGCCCUGCUGUCAACUCCAAAGAAGGAGCAAUGAUGUACCACACCAAAACACCAAUUGAAGACCUCGUAGCAUUGGGUUUGCAGAGAUUGGAAGAGAUGAGGGAAAGCAGAGAGGUACCGCCAGAACCAACUGCAACUGCUCCUCGUCAACCUCCACCACCCCCAUCAGCACCUCGAGAACUGGUUCCACCACCUCCACCACCCCCACCAGCUGUAGAAGUAGCAGCCGUUCCUCGAUCACCACCAGCCCCACCUCAACGACGACCAUCGCCACCCAGGGUACCGCCACUCCAACCAGCUCCUCGAUCACCAGCAUCAGUUCCUCAAUCAGCACCCUGACUGCAACCGUCACCCAGAGGGCCAUCACCCCCGCCAUCUCCUCGAUCACCAACGCCACCACCCAGACAAGCGCCACCUCGACGACAACCAUCACCACCCAGAGGGCUACCACUCCGACCAGUUCCUCGAUCACCAACACCACCCAGACGACCACCACCUCGAGGACCACCACCACCAUCACCACCCAGAGGGCUACCACUCCGACGAGCUCCUCGAUCACCAACACCACCACCCAGACGACCACCACCUCGAUCACCAACACCACCACCCAGACGACCACCACCUCGAUCACCAACACCACCCAGACGACCACCACCUCGAGGACCACCAGCACCACGACGGCCGCCACCACCAGCACCACGACGGCCGCCACCACCAGCACCACGACGGCCGCCACCACCAGCACCACGAUGGCCGCCACCACCACCUGAACAGGAAGCACCGGUACCCCCUGCAGUGCUUUCACGAAUUGCUGAAGACCCAGUUGUGGGUUUUUUGUGGGACAAGAUUGUUGAGCUGAAGGAACAAGACAGAAGGAAAACCCAACAGAUCAGCCGCAUGGAGUUGGAAGUGAACCACCUGAGGAGUCUGCACAGCCAGAGUAAUGUCAGAUCAAACCGGGUCUGUAGUAGGGAUGAAAUCACAAGGCGGCUAGAGUUCGUCACAGUUGACGGCAAGAGAACGAUGCAAGUGACAAAGCAGGUGAUGGACUCUCUGCUCCCAUUUGCCCCUUGCCACAGGGACGUAUCGAGGAGACUGGGGAAUCUUCUAUUCCUGAGAGAAGAAAGGAUCAACAGAAAUGUGAUAGGCAUAAGGAAUCCUGCUAUGGACCCAGAGAGGAUGGGGGCCAUUCGCCGUGCAACGUUUGAUUUGUGCCCGACAGGUGGAGAAGGCCAGGAACAAGUCUGGAAGAGGUGUGUGAAAGGGAUCGACGCACAGAAUCGUAACCUUAAAAGACGGACAGUGUGAGGCACAGUGACUUCCAUCGCGACUAUCAAUUUGAUGCACAUGUUCAUUUGUCAUGAUGACAAAGUGAAAAUCUACUAUUCUUGAAAAUAAGUUCUUAAAAUGUGUGCUAUCCCGUAAAAUAAUUAUUAUUUAAAGAAAUGAGCAAGACAGGCUAUUUUUACAUGUAGGUCACAGUUAACCGUUUUUCUAUUUAUAAUUUGCCUUACACGUUUUCGUCGUUUUUUGUGAAUACUACUUUUUUAAUGCCUUUUUAUGUAACUCAUGCGAUUUUUCAUGUUAUAGUCAUAUUGCAAUUAUUAGACUGUUGCAAUGUACUACAUGUAUGACUUUUGCAUCAAAAUUUAUUUAAGUGAAAUAUAAAUAGUCCCAUACAAUUUUCAUUCUAUUAGGAUAGUUAAGACAGACAGCCCCUUUUAGGUCAUAAUUCAUCAUAUCUAUAAAUUACCCUACAAUUUUCACGUAAAAUUUUCUUAUUGAUGAAAAAUAUAAUAUAUAAACUCUUUUGAAAUGGUCCAUACGAGAUUACACGAUAUAUUUUAUGAAGUUUAUUUCAGGAAAUGAUCGAUGUUUUUAGAGAAUAAUUGAAUCAUUUUAGAUUUGUGAAUUACGGUACAUCUUUUUGCAAUACAUUUGUAUGUAACUCAGGCGAUUACAUCUGUCAUAUGCCAGUUGACUGUUGUACUUUUUGUCAUGAAACAAUCUGUAAUAAAGUGAGUUUUUCACUGAUUUUUUAUUAUUAAUUGAAUUAAAGAAUGUUUAUAUGCAAUGUCAA